ACGCUAUCCCCGUCCCAACAUUCCUUCUCUCUUUGUCAAUCGUUUCCUCUAUUCCGACGCCCCACCAACCUCACCGCUCUUCCUUUUACCCUCCCAACACUCCUAUAAUCACAAAAUUGCCACCACAAUAACUGAACCAAGGAGGACUGUAAAAAAAAAAAAAACCUAUAAGUAAAUGGCUUCCGUGUUCCAUGCUUACCAUUCCCCGCUCCCCUACUUCCCUUACAAGUGGCAACGCUCUCAUCCUCCACGUCCUUCGGUUUCAUUUCCUUCCUCAUCUUUCUCCCGCAGGUGUCAAUCUGACGCACGCUUCAUGGCCACACGUGUCAAGGCGGCUGCCUCGACCACGCCCGACGGACGUGCGUUGCAGGUUGGGAUAGCGGAAUUUUACGACAAGUCGUCUGGGCUUUGGGAAGACAUUUGGGGUGACCAUAUGCACCAUGGCUUUUACGACCCCGAUUCCAAUGUUUCGGGUACCGAUCAUCGAGCCGCCCAGAUCCGAAUGAUCGAAGAAUCGCUCCGUUUCGCUGGAAUAUCGGAGGACCCAGCAAAGCAGCCCAAGAGAAUAGUUGAUGUUGGGUGUGGGAUAGGAGGCAGCUCUAGAUACCUAGCGAGGAAAUAUGGAGCAGAAUGCCAAGGCAUUACUUUGAGCCAAGUUCAAGCUGGAAGGGCCAAUGUUCUUGCUAAAGCUGAAGGACUAGCGGACAACGUUUCUUUUCAAGUUGCAGAUGCUUUGAACCAACCAUUCCCUGAUGGGCAAUUUGAUCUAGUUUGGUCUAUGGAAAGCGGAGAACACAUGCCUGAAAAAGCUAAGUUUGUUAAUGAGUUGGUGCGAGUUGCAGCUCCUGGAGGCACAAUAAUAAUAGUGACAUGGUGCCAUAGGGAUCUUGGUCCAUCUGAAGAGUCUUUGCAGCCGUGGGAGAAAAAGCUGCUUAACAGGAUAUGUAAUGCUUACUAUUUACCGGAGUGGUGUUCUACUUCUGAUUAUGUCAAAUUACUUCAGUCCCUAUCUCUCCAGGAUAUAAAGGCUGACGAUUGGUCUCAGCAUGUUGCACCAUUUUGGCCAGCAGUGAUACGCUCAGCAUUGACAUGGAAGGGCUUCAUAUCGCUGCUACGCAGUGGAUUAAAAACCAUAAAAGGUGCAUUGGUGAUGCCAUUGAUGAUCCAAGGAUACCAGAAGGGCGUGAUCAAGUUCGCUAUCAUUACCUGCCGGAAACCUGAGUAAAUCAGCACCACAGCCAACUGUUUGGAGUGUAUUGAUUCUGCUGCAUUCCAAUGUCGGUAGAUGGUUGAGGAUGGUGCAUUAUUUGAAACAUCAGCAUUCAUAAUUCAACUUCAAAGUCAUAAUAGGAGGCCGAUUGUUUACAAUAAAAUGAGGGUGGAGUUUUCCACUCAUUUCUGAAAGUGUUGAUUGCUCCUGUAAUAGGACAAUCAACUCACAAAAUGUACGUUCAAUUGUAAUAUUUUCAUCAUUAGUAAAUCUUGAUUCAGGAUUUUUAAUGUUC